CAGCCAAACUCGACGACGCUCAGCCAUGUCUAACAGGUAGGGUAACAUGGCGAGAAGUACUGUGGACGACCGACAUAAAGGAUGGGGUCAGGUUGCACAACAUGGCAGGGCCAGCUCCAAGAGCAAUCCGGGCCCAGGAGCGGAACGAAGAGCAUGCCAAACCGAAGCCUGAGACGGCACAUGAGCGUAGUGGGUAGCCGUACCCAGCGCAUACUGCCGCUGCCACUCCAAAGACAGCGGUGCGAUUAUCGUUCAGGGGUAGAGGUUGAUGAGGCUUCCGAGGUGGCGGGCCAGGUGUGCAACAACAGAAGAGUCUGGAGUCUGCUGUAUGUCUCGUACCGUAUGGGCAUAUGGAAUGAGGAUCCGGACCGUACGAAAGCUACCUAUCGCCUAUCGGUACUUGAAGAGACGCGGCCGCUGAGUGAGGAGCUGAAGACGGCAUGGCUUGACGGCAACGGUUGCCGAUGAGCUCGGAGCGAGGGUUGUUGGGUUCAUAAGGGCCAGUGGAAUGCGGCCGGUGCUGGCUGUCGUCGGGCUCUGGCGCGGGGAUCAUGUCCGAAGUCCAUGAGCGCACUCCCACCCUACUACGGCAGUGGUCGAUAUGGCUGCCGUGUGGCUACUGUGGCAUGCUCAUGCGAGAAAGGUCGUGUGCGCAGCGGCCAUGCCGGCGUGCUGCGCUGGUCCGAUCGAUUGAAACAGCC